CUAAAAUUCAAAUUUCCGACAAAUCACUCAACAACACCUAAAACAUGUCCUAGAUUCUUCUCUCUCAUAUUCAAGUCGCAGAGUGGUAGUCCAAGAAAUCGGUUUCAUUUCAAUCUCGAAACGUUUCAUCUUGAUGAAUCAUAAAUUAGAUUUCUUGACCACUCGCUCCGAAUUUAUUGAAUGGCCAAAGCAUAAGAAAACUUACUUUUUGCUGCUGCAGAGCUCCAAAUCGUCUUACUUUCUCGCUCUCAUUCAUCACUCUGUCUACAAAAUCAGCUGCAAAAUCUUGUCUUUUUAAAGCAUUUUAGCUCUGCAAUAUUACACGCUCAGAGCUUCUCUUUUGAUUUGAUUUUGCACAAUUGUUGAAUUAAAGAUGCUACCAAAAGUGGGGAGUUCUAGUUUGUUGGAGGAAGGCAAAGAGUCUAGUGUUAGAACCACAAACCAAUCUCACCGCCCUUUCCCACUGCGUAUACUUCAGUUUCUCUUGCUCUUACUUGGAUUAGGCAUACUCGUUUCGUUUCUCAGUAUGUACGCCAGCCGGCAUCUCAAGUUGCAGAACGAUGUUCCCGUGAUCCACUCGAGUUUCCAGCCCUGUGUCGAAGAGCCAUUGAGCUUACGAAGCUGGAUUAGACCUCCUGCUAACCUUUUGCACAAGAUGAAUGACACGGAGCUCUUUUGGCGAGCUUCGUUUGCGCCCAAGAUUAAAAAGUACCCCUUCAAACGAAUGCCCAAGAUUGCAUUCAUGUUCUUAGCCAAAGGCAACUUGCCUCUUGCACCUCUUUGGGAGAGGUUUUUUAAGGGGAACGAGAAGCUGUACUCGAUCUAUGUUCAUUCGUUGCCUUCCUAUCAGCCGGAUUUUCAGAGCUCAUCAGUUUUUUAUGGCAGGCACAUUCCGAGCCAGGCUGUUGAGUGGGGAAGGAUGAGUAUGUGCGACGCCGAAAGGCGUCUCCUCGCCAACGCUCUGCUCGACAUCUCCAACGAGUGGUUCGUCCUUCUCUCAGAGGCCUGCAUCCCCCUCCAGAGCUUCAGCAUCGUCUACCGCUACAUAUCCCGAUCCCGAUCCAGCUUCAUGGGCGCGUUCGACGAGCCCGGCCCAUACGGCCGAGGGCGCUACAACCGCAACAUGUCGCCCCUGGUCAACCUCACCGACUGGCGGAAAGGGUCCCAGUGGUUCGAGGUCAACAGGAAACUAGCCGUGGACGUCGUCGCCGACACCACAUACUACCCCACGUUCGAGCAGUUCUGCAGGCCGUCCUGCUACGUGGACGAGCACUACUUCCCGACAAUGCUGAGCAUCAAAUCUCCUCAUCUGCUGGCGAACAGGAGCCUCACGUGGGUCGACUGGUCGAGGGGCGGGGCGCACCCGGCGACGUUCGGUAAAGCCGACCUAACAGCUGAGUUCUUCAAGAAGAUCUCUGAAGGUCAGCCAUGCUUGUACAAUAACCAGCCUACUUCUGUGUGUUUCCUGUUUGCUAGGAAAAUUGCCCCUAGUGCUUUGGAUCAUUUAUUAGAAAACUCAUCCAAAUUCUUUGGGUAUUGAGAGAGUAUUAUUUUCUGACUCCAUUUUUUUGAUAUUUUUAGAUAUAGGAGAGGAUUAUAGAUGUGUAACAGAUAGAUGUGAGAUUUAAAUUAAUAGUCUAGCAUGAUACUAGAGCUAAGGUUAUUCCUAUUUGUCUCUUCUUGUAGUGAAAUCAUAUCAUUGAUAGAUUAUUUU